ACGCGGCCUAGCACUGAAACAUGUCAAGCUACCAAGUCUGUGUGUAGCGCAGUCAUGGACAACAUGGACAAGGAGGCUUUGAUAGUUAACUGCGAUGGUACAUAUCCCUUAGAUUCUGUGGUGUCUCUGCUUGAAAGUGUCUCAAAAGACAUAGGUGUACAUGUGGUCCCACAGCAAAAGACCUUCCCACUAUCGCAGUUACAAGCGGUGAGUGAGGAAGUGUGGCGGCGGCAGCUCCUAUGCGGGGUGUUCGUAGUGAACGCCUACGAGUCACGUCUGAGUAUUAACGAGGAAAAAGCCGGGAUCGGAUAUGCUGUACUGUACAGGGCACUACUGGAGGCGGCACAAGGACGAGUCCUUGUAGUGAUCGGCGGAGAUGACAGGUACAAGGCCGGAGAGCAGGACACGAGCGUCCUGUCCACCUGGGCCUACCACAAGAUCGCCGCCCAGUUUGACGACACGUACCUGGACGGCAGGCGGGGCUUCGUCUUCUCCUGGGACGAGCGGCACAACCCGGUCCACCAGGAGGCGCUGGGGAGCUACCUUCGGGCCAUCACGGCAGGCAAGCGCGGGCUACAUCAGCCUUUCAAACCGACACCGCCUCCAAAACCACUGCCAAAACCGGAACCAAUCCUUCCUCCGAGCGCGUCUACUGACCAAAGGAAGAGCCAAACACGACAGACUCCAAAACUCCAACCUGCGAAAACGAACGAAGAAGACGCGGCUCCAAACCCUGCCGUCAAGAGACUCUCCAGGCACAAUAUGUCUGAGAGAGCCGCGAAACACGAAGGGGCUAGGUCUGAUCUGCCUGUCAACUACGACGUGAAAUAUACCCAAGAGCAAGCCAAUAGCAUUCUUGAGACACUUAAAAAGCACAAAGAUGAAAUUCAGAAAACAAAGCCACUCAGGAAAAUCAAGUUUGUGGGGCAUCUUGUAUCUGGAAAACUGGUGCCAGGAUUCUGUGAAGCAUUCAGGGAAGGGCAUGUGUAUAUUAAAGGUAACCGUCUAGAAGACAUUCCGGACUUCGUCAUAGAGACUAUCGAGACUAUCAAAAGCCAAGAAGGCUACGUUCAGAAGGAGAGCGCUUCUUUGAUUGUAUUUGACGAGGGAGCAGACCAAAACUGUAAUUCUGUUCGUGAGUUAGCCGUUCCUAAGGUGAAAGAAGAUAACUUCUUUGUUCGCGGGUGUAAACAAAUUUAUCAUGCUAUGGCAGGUGAUUAA